GGCUGACAGGAGUGCAAUUAGUCUGGAUUGAUGAAAGUCUUGAGGGGUUGAUGAGAGGUGAUGACGGUCGGGCCAGGGCUUGUCGAUCCUUUUGACCAAGUUUCUCCAUACUUGUCGCACCACGAGGCUUGGUGUGGGACGUGUUGCGCGGCGACUUGCUCUGACAUGUUCUCAUUUCUGGAGAGGCUGUCAAUCCAUCUCUCUCUCUCUCUCUCUCUCUCCGACACUUUGGAUUCUUGACUUCUUGCAGACUCGCCGGCUCCCCUCUAUCCUCGCACAAUUUCGCAGUUCCGGCACUUGAACGCCUCUGCCGCGCGCCACAGCAGCUUGGCGGAUGUCCGUACCGCUCAAUCAUACAAGCUGAUAGCGCUGCGUUUAUUCUUCGUAUCCCCUCCACGUUCCUCGCCAGCCCUCCACACCAGCAGCAGCAACAAUGGUUGCGCCGCGAUUGCCGCCGCUCUAUGUGCUGAUCGGCCUGAGUGUGCUCUCUCUGAUCAUCUACUUCAGAAGCAGCGUCAGCUCAAGCAUUCCUUCCUUUUCCAUCAGCCAUCAAAGUCCCGCCAACUCGACGCUGGGCUUCGGCGGUCUGUUUGUUGUCUCUGGUCCUGGAAGUCCACGCCGCAACAACUUGAUCCAAUCCGCAAAUGUCACCGACCUCCACUUUACCAUCCCCACGUUACCGACAUGGUCCGAAGAACAAAUCAUAGCCUUCAGAGGCAAGGACGAUAAGUCGUCAAUCACAAACGGUUCCGUCCGCGCAUGGUUAAGCCACAACCUCGUACUUAACGAGUUCCUCAAGUCUGGACUCGAGACUGCCCUUAUCUUGGAAGAUGAUGUUGAUUGGGACAUUCGUUUGCGCACACAACAGGUACCGCUCGCUGCUACGGCCGCCCGCGCGUUGCUGCCUCCUGCAGGAGACGAAUACCCCUGGGGACACCCCGACGAUUGGGAGCUUUUCUACGUCGGACACUGUGGAGACUACUUUACAACCCUCGACGAGCCCGUUGGUGUCGGUAUUGUUCAUCCGAACAACCUGACGGACCUUGCACACGUUGUCUACCCCGAUCAGACUCUACCUCGCAGAACUGACCUGCACCCCUUUACCUCAUCUCUCCUCACCGCAUUUGACAUACCUGAGAAGUCACGCAUAGUCCAUAGGUCUGUUUCACCGCUUUGUACCUUCGGCUACGCCGUUACUCGUGCCUCCGCCAGACGACUCAUCGAGGAAUAUGCUCCCGUGACAGGCAACCGCGGCGACAUCGACCACGCAUACGACGUUGCCAUCCUGACCGCCUGCCGCGACAAGGGACUCCGCUGUUUCACAGUCAACCCUGAACUCAUGCACCAUAUGGAGGGCGAGAGUCUGAUUAGCACUCUAGACAACAAAAAGUGGCGUCCACCGGUUGACAAAGCCGGUCUUAAGCAGACCUACUGGAGAGGUGAAACUAGCAAUAUCGGAUGUGGCUUCUGGAGCAGAGACUUCAGCUGGAACGGCGACAAAGAUAAACUUAAUCAUUUCAAGGCAGAAGUUGGCCAGAAAGGUCAAUGUUUGAAAAAGGGUCGCUUGCCCAAUGGCGAUCGGAUUGAUGAGAGCAAGCUGCAGGCCAGCAGAUAAUUCACUUCCCAUUAUGUUUCUUGAUGCUCAACAUUGAACAGAAGAAUUGAGCUACUUUCGCAUUGCGGUGGACGACAUGCUCGUAUUCACUGACUAGGGCGGCGUUUUUGGGAUUUGCUCCGAUUGCAUGAUGGUGGAUGGAUUGUGAUCCACCACAUUUUUCUUUCUUCUCUUCUGUUUUUUUUCUUUACUUCCUCGCUCUUCGAGACUUUCCUUUCAUCAUAGCGCAUCUCUGUACGUAACAACUUCGCUUCCCGCCACUUCCCAAACCAAGUAGCUGCUUUUGGUUCCCUGCUUCGAUUGUUAUCGACGUCACAUGUCCUCUGAGGCACCGCAGACCGUCUUUAAAAGUAUCUACGAUCUAAAUAAUACCGAAACCUUCUCCUUCCCUCGCAGGUCC